UGCUGUGGCUGCUGGGGGUGGCGGUUGUUUGAAGAUGGCGGAUGUUGCUGGGGAAGGAGCUGCUGGUUACUGGAGCCUGGAUGCUUCUGACGACGACCAGCCGGCCGUCUACAUCCCAGGACUCUCCAGAGAAGGCAACUUGAGGCGAGUUCCUAAAUUUAAGACGGAAGCCAGCCGGCCGAAAGGGCGAACUCCUUCCCCGGCGGACAUAGUGAAUCUGGUGCAAAGCUUCCAACGUGAGCAAGAACAGCAGGCGGCUCGAGAGGACGGAGGCGCACAGAGCGCGUCUUUGAAGGAUUUGUGCCCGGAAGACAAGAGGCGCAUCGCUAAUCUAAUCAAAGAGCUGGCGAGGGUCAGCGAGGAGAAGGAGGUGACGGAGGAGCGUUUAAAGAUGGAGCACAAAUCAUUCGAGAAGAAGAUCCGGCGCCUGGAGGACGAGAAUAACCUGAUCGCGGCGGAGCGGGAGACGCUGCAGCAGCAGUACCAGGAGUGCCAGGAGAUGCUGAACCUGUACCAGAGGUAUCUGUCCGAGCAGCAGGAGAAGCUGACCGGGGCCGGGGGCCGCGACUCGCAGCAGAUGCCAAAGAGUUUCCGGAAACCCACGUCUGGCGAACUCAACGGCUCCUACCUCCACCGCUCGUGCCAGAAGCCCGGCAGCGAUUCGGAAAGCUCGUGUUCGCUGGUGGCCAAACGCCACUGCGGGACCCCCGCCGCCCCCUCCAAGACCCCCUUCCGCUGCGACCCCGCUGAAUGCUGCUUGGAAAACCACUUGGAGAGGAGAUGCAGCUCUGUGGUCCUCCCCGAGAGGUCCUCUGCCCAAAACUUCCACCCUUGCUCCAGCCAAGCAUUGGAGCCGACCGCGCGCUGCUGCCUGCGAUGUACGACCCACGACGGUCCCGCUGACUUGGCGUUCGGGGGGCCGACGGAUUCCUGCGCGUUUGUCGGACCCUCGCCUGCUCCUGACUCACAAAGCGGCGGCGGCGGCGUGGUGGCCGCGAGUGGGAAACGUCUGACGGAGGAGAGACGACACGAACUCCUGCUGCAGAAGAUGGAGCUGGAGGUCCGGAAGGAGCAGCUGCAGCAGAUGCUGGCCCAGCAAGAGCUGAAACUGCUGGAGAAGCAGCGGCAGCUGCAGCGCUCCAGGCUGGAGUAUAACCGGACUCCGCCUCCUUCAGAAACUCCGCUGCUGAGGACCAAUGACAUCCCCCGAGCAUCGGCGGAGACGGCCGCGCUAGCCAAUGGCGUUCACAGCCCCGUGAAGCCACCUUCAGAGAGGGUCUCCACUCCGUCGUCCAGCGGUAUCAGUAAAAAGCUGCGCAGGUCUGGCGGAGGAAGCACCGGAAAGAGAGCCCCCCCGUCGUUCAGCGGCAGCGAGCGAGAUGCCGGCAGAGUUUCUAGGAGGGACGCGGCCACAUCUCCUACGGUCUCGGUGGAGCCGACUCCGCGGAUACGCCCCGGCAACUCGCCCGGUCACCACGACGUCUGCCGGUACGAGACGUCACUCAUUGAGAUGCUCGAAGCUGUGAGCCCGAUCUCCAUGCGCAGUCAGCAGCCCGCGUGCAGGGACCUCCGCGACUUCAGCUUCCUCAGCCCGGUGCCCAGGAGUCGUUACAAGCCCCCCAGUCACCCCACGGUGCCGGCGGUCAGGGCCCAGCAGCAGCACGCCGAGGAUCCGGAGGAGAGCCGCUUACUGGAGGACAUUUUCUUCAUUUGCUGAUACCGUUUGCACGGGUGCCACCUCUCCAGGGCGGCGGAUCGCCGAGUGAAGGGCCCCUAAUA